CGCCUGCGCAUUAAACCCAUUUUGACAAGUUGUAAUUUGUAGGUUAUGUUUUUAAUCAAAAUUUAAUUUAUUUACAAAAAUGAAAUUUCGCUUUUGCGGCGAAGCUGAUUGUCCAGAUUGGAUUUUAGCUGAGAUAUACACUCUAUCACGAUUAUCAUCAAUCAAAUUAAAACUUUUAGCCCAAAUUGUAGUCCAAGGGAUUAUAAAACCACCAGUAGAUAUAAAUAAAGCGGAACAACUUUUUUCUGAUUCAAAAUUAGAUGUAGACAUUGAUUUGAAAGCUUGUAUAGCUUGUUUAUCAUUUAUUAUAACAUCAGCUGUACGUUUUAAUUGUAAUAGCAGUGCUCUACAUAGCGAGUUACAACAAUUAGGCCUUCCUAGAGAACACAGUACUUCAGUUAAACGCGUUGUCGAUGAUCACUGUGAAGAACUAACAAGUUAUUUCAAAAAACAGUCAAUGAGAGUGAAUCAACUAGAUAAUGUUACAGCAGAAGUUGAUAACACAACAAACUGUGUUUCUUUAGAAUUAGUGAUUAAUGGAGACAUUCAAAAAGUCACUAUGAUACCUUUCACUGGUAACGUCUUAUUAGAAAAUUUGAAAAAAGUGAGAGAAACUAUGGUACAGUUAAAGGAUCCUGUCGUUUUUAUAUAAUGAAGAAAACUGCUUUAUUGUGUUUGAGAUGUAUUUUAAUUAUAUCAUUUAUAUCAAAAUAAAUUUUUACUUUACUAA